CAUUGGUUAUGUUUCCAAUUUUUCGCCCAGCUGAUACGCAGUACGUGAAGUGUGGAAAUGUUUUAAAACUCGAAAUUUGUGCACUCCGAUCUUGCUGUUAAGCAAACAGCCAGAUGAAUGCAAUAAUCGCACUGUGUCAUUUCUGUGAAGUUCACGGACCGGGUGCUAUUUUUUGUACACAAACGCUGCGAGAAACAAACAUACAGCAGCUGGACAUAAGCUUCGAUAUCGACCGGAAAGGGUGUGCAGCAUGCAACUCGAUUGGCAAAAAUAUUGGGCUCGUUAGUCGCGAUCCGGAGAGCAAUGCCAACUUUGUUAGUAGCCAAAUACCGGUGCUCGGGGAAACGGUACCGCUGGUUAAGACGGCCGCCUUCCGUAGUCUUAGCUCGGAGGUGAGCUCGACACCGUUGGAAGGAGGGUUCGUGUUUUUUGGCGAUGCCAAGCAUGGACACGUGCUCAGCCAUGCAUUUCAUCUGAUUGACUCAGAAGCCAGAGGUUUCCAGAAACGUUUCUCGAUCGUGAUUCUGAUGAAGGAUAAAAUGUUUCUGCUUAACACGCAGCCCUUUCUCUCGGACUGUAUGGGGAAGAUCUCGCGAGAGUUGCAAGAGCACGCCCGUUUAGUGCACGAGGACGAUCUUCGACGGCAGGGACGCGACAGGGCGCAACGAAUGAACAAAUGCUACGGAAACGGGUCUACCAGCAAUGCGACGAACAUUACCGCGAACAGGUCGCUCAUUGAGCUGACCGGAAAGGAAUCAAUCUACGCGUACGUUCAUGCACACUUUUCCUUUAUACUUUGGGCUGGCGCUCGCUACCUUACCGAAAGUAUCACACUCGGUUGUCCUUCGACGCCGGUUUGGCUGGGGAAGGAAACAGAGGAGGGUUUCGCUCUUGUGCAAUCGGAUAAGGAAGGCUACCAGAUGCGCCGUCUUGGGCUCGCCAGCGGUGAUAAAACGUUCGACCAGGUGGACGAACUAACGCGGGCAAAAUACUCUCUGCGGAUGUUUCGAAGCAUUUUAAAAUCAAACUUUUUGUCCGUAUGCUACUGUGCGUUGACGGGGAUACAGAUAGUUAUCCGCGGUACCCCGGUGAAGGGAUACUGUUUGGUGGCUAAUUUGAAAAAGUUCUUGCCCGAUGCAUUGCACAAGUUGGCCCGGGCUCACGCAGAAACGUACACAUCGGCGAACGAGUUUCGAAUUAUCAACCUCAAGCAGGAAGCGAUAGCACCGCACUCGUCCAGCAGUAUUAUGCGAGUGGAUCUGGUUGAUGAUCAGGACAAGGACACGGUUGCAGUGUGCGCAUGGGAGGGUGAAUUGCCAAGCAAAUUACCCAGCCUAUUGCAGAAGAUCAUCAAGGCGAUCGAUGAAGAGCUAUUUAACGAUCAUGCACUGGAUAAACAUUUACGAGUAUUAGUGGAAGAGUGGAAAAACAAAGUGGUAUGCAUUCGUAAGGUGAGCUCCAACCAGGAUGUGGCCAAAAUAAAAAAGAUUAUGGGCGUUCAGCCGCAGGACCAAGUUCUGAUCAAUUAUUGGUAUAACCAUCUGUGAGGCUCUUUACACGGUGCGCAGUGUAUAUUUCUGUUGUAGUGAUGU